GUUUUGACGUUUUGACGGAUAAUUUGAUAGAGGUUAAGUUUACUGCAUAUUUUUGUCGAGUCAGAAUUCGAAGUUAUUUUGAAGACUUAUAAAUUUAGAAUUUUGCCUGAAAUAUCAUAGUCAAGAGAAAGUGAUUCCCUACACAAAAAAUUACGGUUUACAAUGUUGGUGACUUUGAAAACAUUACAACAACAAAGCUUCCAAAUCGAAAUCGACCCAGAAGAAACUGUCAAAGCCCUGAAGCUAAAAAUUGAAGUAGAAAAGGGUAAAGAUUAUGCUGCUGAUCACCAACGCCUUAUUUACGCUGGGAAGAUUCUGCUUGACGAUAAUAAGAUAAGUACCUACAACAUAGAUGAAAAGAAGUUUAUUGUUAUUAUGGUUACCAAGCCGAAGUCAUCAGAAACUCCUGCAUCUUCAACUUCCGCUCCAGAGGCCGGUGAAAGUGCUUCAACUGAGAGUGGGGAUGGGAAAGAUAAGAAACCCGCCGAAGAGAUGCCUAAACCACCCGCAGCAGCAGCAGAACCCGAACGCGCCGCUGAACCGCUACUUGCUGCUAGUGAACCUGAUUUCGAAUCAACAGUUCAGAGCAUAAUGGACAUGGGUUAUAAUCGUCAGCAAGUUGAACAAGCUUUAAGAGCCUCAUUUAACAAUCGGGAACGGGCAGUUGAAUAUUUAAUAACAGGUAUACCUGAAGAACUACUUCAAGAACAAGAGGGUGAAGAAGGAACCGAUGAUGACCCAUUAGCAUUUCUUCGAGACCAACCUCAGUUUCAGCAAAUGCGUGCAGUAAUUCAGCAAAACCCAAAUUUACUAAAUGCUGUACUACAACAGAUUGGUCAAACAAACCCAGCUCUCUUACAAGCAAUAAGUCAGCACCAACAAGCAUUUGUCAGAAUGCUUAAUGAGCCUAUAAAUCCUUCAGCAUCUAGCGGAGCUGCAGCAGAGGAAAGUGCUGUGGAAUCGGGUCAACCACAGACACCACAUAAUGUAAUCCAAGUUUCCCCACAAGAUAAGGAAGCUAUUGAAAGAUUAAAAGCAUUGGGAUUCCCUGAGCACAUGGUUAUUCAAGCUUAUUUUGCUUGUGAAAAGAAUGAAAAUCUUGCUGCAAAUUUUUUGUUGUCACAAAAUUUUGAUGAUUAAAACCAUUUUUUGCUAUUGGUUAUUGUGAAGAGACAAAUUUAUUAUAAAAUUUAACAUACAAAAGUGUAAUUCUUAUGUCAAUAGCCUAAUAGUUUAUUGCUUGUAUAUUUCAUGUGUAUUUUUACACUGAAUUUCACACCAUUUUGUGUCUAAUAAAUUUCUUAUUGUUCA